GACUUCAGCGGUGAGUGUACACAAAACACAAUAUCGUUUUUAUUUGAAUGACAUGAAAAUGAGUAAUCACUAGCGAAGACACGUUAUUUACGAGCAUUCUCGUUUUGUUAUUGUUGUAGUUGAGAAAAAUAAUUUCAGUUCGGUUAACAUCGUUUUAUCAACCAUUGUGACAAUUUUAUUGCAACGGGACAAUUCUGUUUCAUUUUAUGUGUUCAAUUAUUUUCAACGAAUGAAAUACGAACCAAACUAACAAAAAAAAACAUCAUCAUCUAUUUGCCGUGUGAAAAGUGUGCAGGCGCAGAAUAAAGUGUUUGAAUUCCAAAUUGAAUCGGAUUAUAAAUCAAGAAACAAGUGACUAAUACUCAAAUGAAUAAUAACAAAACAAUUUUUUCUGCAGUGCUAAUAUUUUUGAACACAGUGUUUUCUCUUUCGUGCUCUGAAUCUAAAUAAAACUAACUGCGUUGAAAGGCGAAUAUCGAAUUCAAUUGGAAGCUCGGAUAGUAAUCGGUCGUUAAAUAAAAGAACCCACUUGUUUAAUACAUUUAGUGGAAUUGACUUACUCCGAAAAGACGUGCAUUUUCAUCACCUUGACCAUUCUACAUUGAAAGAAGAAGAAAAAAAAGUAACAAAAGAUAGACAAAUAUAAAAGUAACAGUGUAUAAUAUCAACAACGAAUCCAUUUUGAAUUUGUCCACGUGAAUCAUAACGUGAUCAGAGCAAUUACAAUAAAAAAGUGAGAGAAAAAAAAGAAUCGAAUUAAGAACGAUGGAAACGUCGACCAGUGAAACGGAUUUUGCUCGCAAUAUCGUUUGCACCGAUACACAAACGGAAAAUUUUGAAAUUUAUCGCUCAUUUUUGGAAUAUUUUGCGGAAAAUGUUGAUCCAACGGAUCAAUUGCCGGUACGCGUGCCAAAUUAUACACUCGAAGAAAAUGAAAUAUCCGGAGCUGUUAUCGACUGGAUGAUUCAAUAUUUGGGCGAUAAAAAAUGUCCACAAACAUUGGUUGCGCCAAUCAUAAAAUUGGCAUUGGAUCAAACACAUCAAACAUUACGUAAAUCACCUGAGCAAUAUGGUUAUCUGGCCAAUACAAAUGAAUAUCAAACGUUAAAACUAAUGCAAUUGUCCAUAUCGAAAAUAAACGAUGUAUGCCAAAGCCUUUUGGAUAAUUUGCAAUUGGAUAAAUUGAUACCGUCACCGCCAGUCAAACGGCCUGCAUUGUAUUCGGCGAAAGGAAUUAAAAAUACAAGACGACACAUGGAAGAUCGGCACAUCAUUAUCGAUGAUUUUAAUCAAGUAUUUGGCAUCAAGGACUCCGAUACGACUAGCUACUAUGCGAUAUUUGAUGGGCAUGGUGGUACAGAUGCAGCUGCAUACAGUGUAUCACAUUUGCAUUGUGAAAUAGUUGCCAGUAAAUUUUAUCCGAGUAAACCUCAUGAAGCUCUUCGUGAAGCUUUUCUUAACACAGACGAAAAAUUCAUUGAAAAGUCCAAAAAACAAAAAUUGAUGUCAGGUACAACAGCUUUAUGUGCUCUCUAUCGUCCGACCGAACGGCAAUUGGUUGUUGGAUGGGUCGGUGAUUCAAAAGCUUUGUUAGUCUCACAAAAUCGUGUAUUGCAAAUAGUAAAUCCACAUAAGCCAGACACAGAGUCGGAACGAAUUCGUAUCGAAAAAAGUGGCGGUUGUGUACUUGAAUUUCCACCCGGUUGUUAUCGUGUGAAUGGUCGUUUGGCUGUUUCGCGUGCGAUUGGCGAUUAUGGUUUAAAAGAUGUGGUUAUCGGUGAGCCAGACAUUGCAGCCAUCCCACUGAAUGGCAAAGAAGAUUUUUUGAUCUUAGCCUGUGACGGUCUUUGGGAUUAUGCUGAAGAGGACGAGGUCGCCACCAAAGUGUAUAAUUCACUCGAGAAAAAUGACGGUGACGUUCAGCCUAUUGCCGGUCAAUUGAUUGAAUUAGCUAAAAAGAAUUCAUCAUCUGAUAAUAUAUCCGUGAUAGUUGUGUUUCUAAAGGAUCCACAUCAAAUAAUAGCCGAACAUAAAUUAGUAAAAGCCACACAAGAAGUCACAAGAAUGGAUUUCGAAAGCACAAACGGUUGUCAUCAUUUGGUUGAUGAUGGUUUGCUUGCAUCAAAUCCAUCGGCAAUGCAUGAAACCGCAUCAUCGCCCGAUAAAAUGCAUGUCGACUUUAAUAAAGCAACGGUUGAUGUGCAUCACGAUGCAAUGGAUGUGAAUGAUUUUUAUUUUGGUAAAAAUGGUAGUGGUAUUGACGCAAACGCUGUUGAUGAUGUUAAUGAAUACCAUUCGAACAUCCAAACAAUACCAUCAACCAUUAAAUCGAACGGUGAUGCGGAUAAAUUUUCAAGCAAUGAAAUAAAUGUUGGCCGCUCAAUUGACGAUGAUCACGAUGAUUUUGGACCCGAAACGGAUGUCGAUGCCACUGAUGAUAAUGCCAUAAGUCCAAUGUCGCCAAGCGGGUACGAUUAUAUUGAGAGAGUCGGUGACGGAAUUGCAACAACAGACGAACAUCAAGUGGAUAUUAGUGAGACACUCGUUAAGAAACCAGAAGAAAAUGACAACAACAUUCAACAUUCUUUCGAUGACAAUCGUUUCGUCGACCAUGUUAACGAACAUUUUGUAAACGCAGCCGCCGCCAAUCACUUUGAACAGCAAAAUGAACACUUCGAAGACGAUGAACCCGAACUACCGAACAAAAUUGAUUUUGCCGAAAAGAAAGAUUAUAACGAAGAAGACUUUGAUGAUGAUGACGACGACGAUGAUGAUGUACACGAUGAAGUUUUGAAUGCAAGCAUGCCUGAAAAUCUUCAUCACAUGCCCGAUGUCAUCACAACCGAAUGCGAACAGCACGUGUUACCAACGAAUAAUUCAGUUCCUAUUGAAAACGUGGUGGUAGCUGAAAGCGGCGAAGAUUCAGACGACGAAUGGAAUUACAUUAAAGUCGAUAAAGAGAAACAACCCGAACAGGAAAAUAAAACGCCAAUCGAAUUGGAGAUUGAACAACCGGAAGAGGCUGCUUCAAGUGAACAACAUCAAGAAGAAGCCGUUGAAGAAGACAUCACAUCACCCACACCGCCAACUGCAUCGAUUGGCGAAACAGACUUUGUCAAUCAACAAUCACAUGCAAUAGCUCAGGCAUUUGCCGAGCCAGAAGAAGUUUGCACUGAGCUACUCGAAGAAAAACAAGAAACCGAACAUCCAGAGCUAUUUGAAUUGGAUCGGGCUGAACGUUCAUCGUCAGUUGCUGCUGAACACGAUUCGGAUUUGGGUAACGAACAAGACUUAGAAGAAGAGAUGGACUCACAAUUGAAUCCAAAUGCCGAAGAAUUUGUUCCGGUGUCGCCACAACGUACAUCGGUCAGUUCACCAUUUGGCAAUGGAUUGACCAAUCGUUUUGAUUUGGACGAUGAAGUGGUAUCGCAAAGUCCACGCAAAGGAACGGCAAUUUUAAUGAAUGACAAUGAUAUUGUAUUGCCAGCUGAAAAUGAUUUCACCGAAAUAUCACAGCGACCAUCCGAAUUGACAGCAAACGAACUCAAUUUCGAUAAUAUCCAAUGUGAUAAUGAAAAUGUCGUUACCGUCACUACCACGGUCGCUGAUGCUGUGACCAAUGAUACCAAUCUCAUUACCACUGCUGAUGUUGAUGAAUUAAAAGAUGUUAAACGUCCCGAAUCGUCCAGUUCACAAUGUUCGUAUCAGGAAAUGAAUUUGAAAGAAGCAAUGCACGGUGAUGAAAAGCAAGAAUUGGCUGCUGAAGAUCCAGAUACACUAUUUGCCGGUGGUGAUGUACCAACAACCAAUGGUGGUGGACAACAAUUUUCCGAACGUGAUCCAAUGAAUAUGUCAUUCUAUAAUGAUGAAAAUAAUCCAUUCAAGGAGCAACAAGAAGUUGAUAUGAAUGCCGUUCAACCAUUGCCCGAUGAUAUGGACGAUGAUGUUUCACAAGAAAAUGAAUUGGUUGAUUAUGUAUCGAAACCGGUUGUAUCGAAUAAUCACUUGUUAAACGAUAUGCAAGGCGAAAUGGAGGAAUUGGUCAAGGAAUUCUCAUCAGAAGGUGAAAAAUUGAAUAUUAAUAGUGAACAACUUCAACAGCCGACUCCAAUCACAAACUUAGUUCAGGAACUGGCCACAGAAUGCAAGUCGAUUUUACUUGAAGAUAAUGAAGAUAUUAAACAAAAUGUUCCAAAUUCCUACUACGCUGAACAUGAUACAGAACUUAUGGGUGCAACACCAGUUGAUCUCGAUGAAAUUAACCGCAAUAGGGCCAUUGAAUGCGACAGUUCAGUUAAAGAUAUGUUUACCUUCUCGGAAUCAUCUCUGAAUGCCCAUGAAUUUAUACCGAGUGCACCAGUUUCAGAUAUGGACAUUGAUCCAGUCCGAUCGGCUGGCGUUGUUGAAUCAGAGUUAAAUAUCUUAUCUGAAGAUCGACAUGAAUUUAUGCAAUAUGAACAACCGUUCAUUGUGUCCGACGAACCAAGCGUUGAAGAAAUUGUGGCUCCAAUCGAACAACCAAUUGAACCCGAACCUCAAUCUCAGCCAGAACAACCCGAACAUCCAAUAGUCGAAAGCACCGUCAAUGAACCGAUUGUUGCGGCCGCUGCUGUAGUCGCAACUACAGCUGCCGUUGCUGCGGCUGCUGUUGGUGUUGCAAAAGCUGCUUCGCCCAAAACCAAGACAACCGAAACGAAAAAACCAGAAGUCAAGAGUAAAUUAACAGCAACAAAGAAACCCACUACUACAACAACAGCGCCAAGAGUGGCAGCAUCGAAAUUGGCUGCAAAACCAAGCACAACUACUGUACCAAAAACCACGGUCACAUCAAAAGUUGCAUCGCGCACCGUUGCACCAAAGGUCGGCACCACUACUGUGGAAAAGAAAACAACCACAUCAACUAUCACACGUAAACCACUUAGUAACGGAUCUGGCAUUACAUCGACAUCGAGUGUCGCGAAAAAGACAACUACAUUGAGCACAGCCACAAAAUCGGCCACAGGAACUACGCGUACAUCGGGUACUACAUUAAAACCGGCUACAGCACGCACAUCUAGCGCAACCACUACCGCUACAAAAACAUCGCUUUCAAAACCAGCCGGUACAAGCACAACAGCUGCUCCUCGAGUUCCAUUGAGUGCAAGAACUGUAUCUAAGCCAGCAUCAAGCGCAACUUCAAAGGUAACAGCUACAAAGACCACAACGGUAUCAUCAACGACGCGCGUAAAAUCGGCACCAGUUUCAACAACUGCUCGUUCAACGACAUUGACGAAACCAAAAACAUCGCUAACUGCAGAUAAACCAAGCGUUACAAAAUCGACCGUUACAAAAGUGUCUCCAACAAAGACUUCGACACUAACUGCAGCUAAGAGUCCAGCGGCAAGAUCGUCGUUGUUAAGUGCAUCAAAGACAACACCAACGCGAAAACCACUUUCGACUCAAUCGAAAACACCGAUCACCAAAUCGCCGAGAGUGCCUACAACAAAUGGUGUUGCAAGCAAGACUAAGGUUGUAGCUAAAAGUGCCGUUGGUGCUGCUGCCACUGCCGCCGUUGCUGGCAUUGCUGUUGGCAAAGAAAAACAGGUGACAACAAACGGAAAUUCCAAUUUGAAUGGUCACAUCGAGGAGAAUGGCACCGGUGCCGAAAAGAUUAUAGAUGUAUCAGCUGAUUAGAAUAAUAAAAUCAGUGGGCAUAAUGAAGAGAAAGCAGGAGAUUCAGAAAAAUAAAAACAGAAAAGAAUCAUUGAGAGAAUAGAAAAAACUGUUUCAAAACAACAACAACAACUCAAAUAUGGUGAUGCACUUUAUAAAAGAUUGAGGACGAUUUUUUGAUGAAAUGUCCAGCAUAUUUAAUUUUUCUUUUUAUUUGCUCCAUUGAUAAAUAUAUAUAUAUUUAUGAGUAAGCGGUAUGAUUUCCUUAAGUUUAAACAAAAAAAAAAUCAUUCAGUUUUUUUCUUCUUCGUCAUGGUUCGAUUUGGAUUCCUUUUUUUUUUUAUCAAAUUAAGUUUUUCUUCUUUUAUAAAUCGAACUAACGUUAAAAUUCUAAUGUAUUUUUUUCUUCUCUGUUUUGUUUCUUUUUCCAACACAAAAACAUACACAAAAAAUUUAAAUAUCAAACAAAUCUACCAAUAUUAUUCUUCCAUAUUUGCUAGAAUUCAUUUAAAAAUUGAUUUUGACUCAUGCAAAAGGAGAUAGAUGAAAACAACACAUACACACACCUACACAAAAAUCAUCAAACAGAAUAAUCUAACCGUAAUUUAAUUUAAAUAAAAAUAAAAUAAUCUUUUUUAUGGUAAAAUUAACUAAAAAAAAUCCAAAACAAGAUAUAAAUAAAUAAAAAAAAGAAAAAAAAAAUUCUUCAAUGUAAUCAGAUGUGUCUAUGGAUAUGGAAAACGAAUUUUAAAUGCGAUAAUAUUGCGGUCUUCUGUGUAAUUUCGGUUGUUUCAUGUACUCGAGUUUCAUGAUGACAACGUUACACACAUGAAAUUGGAUGAAUUUAAUGAAGAAUGCGAUCAGAGCGCAUAUGCUAUGUUAAAGCGAUUCUUUUAAAGCAAAUUUUAAGAAUGAACAACCGAGUAGAACGAAAAAGAGUGGAAUGCUAUAUUGACAAUGGGCAAAAGUAAAUAAACAACAAAAAUAGAAUAGCAAAUAAUUAUCAAAAUAAGUUUAACGAAACCCUUUCUUUAUGUCUUCUGAAUGUGAAAAAAAUUAAAAGAAGAAUAAAAAAAACUACAUGUUAUUUGUAUUAACCGUAAAAAAAUGAUCAUUAUCAAAUAUACAAAUAAUAUGAGAAAGAAGUCAAUCCAUACGAGAAUAAAUCACAAACACUCACACGCAAAUAAAAAAAAAAAUCUAUGAUCUAUAUGUAUAUCUAUUAAUAAUGUAAUAAUUAUAUCACGAAAAACAAACAUCAACAAGAUAAGAAAAAAGAUAAUUCGAUCCCCCUCAAAAAAAAAAAAA